GCUCAUUGUUGUAAUUUCUACAACUUCAAAAUCGACUACCUCUACCGCGUUUGAGCUUUCUCCAACGCCUAUGUCUGCACCAUCAUGGUCAAUGUGCCAACCGCUUUUUACACAUCAUGAUGUUGACGUUCUUAAUAUGGGAGCAAGUGAUCAUUCUGCAGUUCAUGCCUGGUUGUCAGUGUUCUAUUACCUUGUUCUAUUACCUUCAGUCGUGGAACUGAAAUUAUGUCGAGAUUCCCAUUAAAAAGAGAAGGCGAGCAAGCGGAUUGAAUCUAGUCCUACACCUGUUGCUUUAGCUCGUAGAGGUCGGUACUUAUCUUCUCACGUAGUUAUUCUUAAACGCUAUGCAUUCAUCUUGUCCUCGACGUUUUCGGUCGUAUUAAUCUGCCAGGAGGAUACGAGAAACCAGAUAGAUUUAUGUCAUACGGGUACCAGGGAGUUGAAAUUAUUAAGUGGACGAGAGAAGACACUGUGAUCAUGACCACACUACAGAUGAACCAGAAAAGGAACACUAUGGCUCUGCUGAGGAGAAAAAGACCGCUAGAAGUAGCUCCAGGGCCUUUAUUCUCUGGUCUUUUCCCUCGUCACGGUAUAAUCACCCUCAAACAGCCUCAAAGGUUUUCACUGAUGUCGAUGUGUGCUGCAAUUGUUAUGCUUCUUUUCUCCUGGGUGACCGACCUGGACCUACAUUGUAUUACGUUCGUCAACGCCGAACCGACGGCAGAAGAGUGGGAAGUGUGUAAGCAGUGUACGCGGCGGGAACGAGUUUUCUGCUACACGACCAUGGAGUGCAUGGAGAACCUGCAUAUUGACACGAAAACCACCAGAAUAUUCUCCAAGUGCCCAAAUCCGUUGCUUAUCUUAUGAGGAACAUUGAUAUGCUGUACUUGGGCUGAUCGAUUUUCAUUUUCUUCUUUUCUAUAAGUUCUGAAAGUAUACUGUAGUACUCUCUAAUCUCUCCCGAACCCUGUCGUACGAAAGGCGUUAGCAUUUUCAAAAUCUUUCUGUAAUUGAGCACUAAUUCAUUGGUUGGCUUCUAUGAUAAAUUGGAUACUAUUUAAUUCAUUGAUUGGCUUCUAUGAUCCAUUGGGUACUAUUUAAUUCAUUGACUGGCUUCUAUGAUAAAUUGGGUACUAUUUAAUUCAUUGACUGGCUUCUAUGAUAAAUUGGGUACUCGCUACAGCAUGCAACUACGUAGUUAUCUCCAAUCUCUCCCGAAUCCUGUCGUACGAAAGGCGUGCAUCCGCCGACUGAGGCGCAGAAGCAGCAGUAUAUGAAAGAACAUAUCUACGAAGAAUCUUUGCGCAAGCAGAACAGGCAACAAGGAGCGGCAAACGCCGCUGCAGACCAAGGAGGACGGGAGGAUUUGUAAGGAGACGCGGCAAGAAACGGCGCUGCACACCAAGGAGGACGGGAGGAUUCAUUCUGAAGAGCGAGGCUGGAUCAUCACUACUCCUGAGCGAGUAGUCUGAUGACGUUCCAAGGUCACAUAGAGCUUGUGCCAGGGGAGAUGGCGCACAACAUCUCGGAGGGGAUAAUCAUGUUUCAAGUUCUUGAUCAAGUUUUUGUGCUUGUGGCACUAACACCUAACGAAAUGUCGCUGGUCCUCACUCUGUUUUUGAAACGCUGUGAAUCUCCGAAAGAGCCAUCACAGGUGAGAACAUGAUCAACUACUCCACAUAUAGCGAAAAGAUACGAGAAAAUUUGGGAGCGCGC